AUGAAAUGGGAGAAGUUAAAGCCUCCAGAGCCAGAUGAUCCUAUGUGUUGCUGUGAGUGUGAUUGCUACCAGUGCGGAUGUUGCUGUGACUGUGAAGAUCUGGAUGAAGCCUUUAACAGGUGGCUGAAAGACAAACCACCUAAAAGUGCAUGUCGGUCUCCUGUGCUUGGGGCCAUGAUUGACAACUUGGAGAUCUCCAUGAUCCCGGCACUGGUGCUGCUGCCUCUCCUGCUGCGGAUUGCAGCGCUGCACUACACUCUGGGUGUCAUCAUCCUGACAGCCAUGCCCAGCCUGGUGCUCUGGUAUUACUACGCCACUCACCGAAAAAAGAAGCGCACCCUCUUCUUCCUCACCCUUUCUCUCUACUCUCUGGCCUACAUGUAUUACAUCUUCAUCACAGAGAUUAUACCUCGUGGGGACACCAGCCAGCUGCAGGUGUGCACUGUGACAGCCGGAGUGAUUCUUACUGUUGUCUCUCUUAUUCACACCAAAAGGGGCCCCGGAUUUGUGACGACCACCCAGCAUAAAGCACAUAGUGACAGUCAGAAGCCCAACAAGGACUCCCCAAAGCUUAAUGGAUCUAUCCAAUCAGCAGUGUUCUCUUCAGGACCAGAGGCUGAAUCACAGACAGUAAAAGAGGCCCUGACAGCUAAAUGGAGCAGGUGUCCUGUGUGCAAAAUAAUGCGACCCCCGCGGGCAGGACACUGUCGUACCUGUAGAUCCUGUGUCCAUCGUCUGGACCAUCACUGCAUCUGGAUAAACAGCUGUGUUGGACUGGCAAACCAUCGGAGUUUCGUGCUGACCCUUUCUGUGUUCGUGUUGACCUCUCUGUAUGGGAUCAGUUUGGUGCUGUGCAGCCUCUGUCCUCGACCGUAUCUAAUGACGGCUCUCUUCUACUGCCCUGGCGUCUACAGUCAGUCUAGCACAGCACUUUGCUUCACCUGUGCUUGGUACAGCAGCAUCGUCACAGGGGGAUUGCUUUACCUGUUGGUGGUACAAGUUCUGAAUAUCAGCUUCAAUGUGACGGAGCGGGAGGUUCAGCUGGCUCUGAGGAACAAAACAGGCCAGAGCCGCCUGUGUGGACUUGCCAUCCACACUGGAGAGUAUUCACGUGGCUUCUACCAGAAUUGGGUUGAGUUUCUCACCAUGGCAGAUGCCUCUAUGGGAGGGAAGUGGUACCUGGUUGGAUUUGCCACUAACGCCCAAUGGUUUGUUAGCCGCAAAGCCAGCAUGAAAAUGGGCACAGCCAUGCUCACCCCAACUGCUGACGGGGACUUGGACAUGUCAUAUUCCAGCCUCAACUCCGACGGCUCCUGUUGGAGAAUGAACAACCUGGCCAAGAAGUCUGAUAUGCCUGGAAAGUUCACAUACACAAGUGAGCGCUGGGGGAAUGAGAAUGACAUGCGCAUGGUCGAAGUCAAGUACAAUGAGUAUGCCCUGACUCACACCAUCAAGACCAAGGGGGGUGAUCCUACUGUUGUCAACAAACUAUAUGGCAGAACAGUGGACCUGAGCGCUGAUCUGCUGGAGAAGUUCAGACAGUUCUCCUUGGAGAUGGGCAUCCUGCCAGAAAAUAUUGCUUUCCUUCCCAAAAAUGCUGAGUGCCCAGCUGCCUAAUUCUCUGCCAGCUAUGCCGUUUGAAGACCUUGAGUGUCCUUUGUGAACAUUUUACAUCCAUCAAGGGUUCACUUCUAUGCAUGGAUUUUUUUUUUU